UGGAGAGGUCAAGAAAAGUAAUUUUAACACACAUUUUGUCCAUUUCUCUAAUGUAGAAAGGCUCUUUAUGUUCUGGAUCGAUUCCAGAGAUAUUUGUUCUGAUUAUUUAUAUAUAUUUGUGAAGUGUUUACUGCCAAAAGUAAAAAUGGCUGGAGCAAGUGAUCGUCACCUAUAUCCCAACAAUGAUACAAGCAGUGAUACUGAAGACUACACAGAUGACCGAAGGAGAAGGGUUUUCAAGAAUAGAAUGAGGUCCAGGGCAGUUCUACAACCAACAAACCCAAAAAGCCAAUGUUCACCACAACCGAACACAGGAGUAAUCAAUGCCGAAGACAGGGUUACUUUAGUGGUGGAUAAUACUAGAUUCGUCGUAGAUCCAACAAUAUUUACGGCCCAUCCAAAUACGAUGCUCGGUCGGAUGUUUAGCUCUUCGUUGGAGUUCACCCACACUAAUGAAAGAGGCGAGUACGAGGUUGCUGAUGGUAUACCUGCUUCUGUAUUUAGGGCUAUUUUAGAAUAUUAUAAGGGAGGUCUCAUUAAGUGCCCACCGUCGGUUUCUGUACAGGAGCUGCGAGAAGCUUGUGAUUAUUUACUAGUACCAUUCGACGCUAAUACUGUUAAAUGCCAAAAUUUACGUGGACUGUUACAUGAGCUUUCCAAUGAAGGAGCCAGAUGCCAAUUCGAAGUAUUUCUCGAGAAACUCAUACUGCCUUUGAUGGUAAACUCUGCCCAGAGGGGUGAUAGGGAAUGCCAUAUCGUGGUACUGCUGGAUGACGAUUCAGUAGACUGGGACGAAGAAUAUCCACCGCAGAUGGGCGAAGAAUAUAGCCAGACAGUUAAUAGCACUGCAAUGUACAGGUUCUUCAAGUAUAUAGAAAACAGGGAUGUGGCUAAACAGGUGUUGAAAGAUAGAGGAUUGAAGAAAAUACGGCUUGGAAUAGAAGGAUAUCCAACUUAUAAAGAGAAAGUCAAAAAGCGUCCCGGUGGAAGGGCCGAAGUGAUAUACAACUACGUUCAACGCCCCUUCAUCCACAUGUCGUGGGAGAAAGAAGAAGCCAAGAGCCGACACGUCGAUUUCCAGUGCGUUAAAUCUAAAAGCGUCACGAAUCUUGCAGAAGCCACCGCAGACCCGGCUUUAGAGCUGGAUUCCCGAGGGAAUCCCAUAGUUUCGUCGAUGAUGGCAGCUAUCCCUCCGAUGCCGGCAGACCAUGGCGACGUACCGCUGAUGCCGGAAAACGAAGAAGGUGCCGUCGGGGGUCUACCCGAUAUCGAUAACGUUAACAAUUUGCCGCCUGACGAGCCGAAUUUGUAAAGGAGUCGAAAGGUUUUAUUUAUAGGAUUGUUAUCUAGUUGCUGAGUUAUAUUAUUUAUCUUUAAGUCGCAAAUUUCAGUGUAAAUUUUUAGUAAAACUCGAUAAUACACUUUAUAGUUCAAGAAUGCUUACUGGUCCUUUUGAAUACAUUUAAAAAAUUUUGGUUUCUUCUCCAGAAAGGUUUGCAAUAUAACAGGUUAAUACUUUUCCAGCACUAUGAAGUUAGCAACUACUGAACUAUGUAUCUUCUAUUCAGUGUUGGACGUACGUCUUUGCACCGAAAUUGUAAAUAAAACAACUAUUUGUGGACUGUAUUUUGUAAUAUGUAAACCAUACACUCCUUUAAUCUAUGAAAACAACUCAGAGACAGAACCAGUCAAGCUUGCCGCUAGUAGCCAUCGUUUGGGCGCAGGCAGAGCCAUCCUUGGACAUUACACAUAAAAUUGCAGGAAACAUGUUUGGAGCAGUUUGGGAUUUUAUAUAUCACUUGUGGGCGUAAUUAUUUUAAAUGGGGUAUUGGAUAUCAAAUAUUAUUUGCCCUUCUUCACUUCAGGUCUCAUACUUCCAGAUUUUUCGUUUUAAUGCUGUAUUUGAUAUGUCAGUAGAUUUUCUUUCCAUACAUUUACAGGUUGCUUUGAAUGUCAUGUGUCAUGCCACUAGUGAGCUCUGUGUCCGAUAUAUUCAUUGACUUGAGACUUUCUCCUAAUGAAUUAUCAAUAUUUAACCAUUAUUUGCAUAUUUACUAAAAAGUUACAUUUGAUUUUGCGACUUCUAUUUUAAAUUAGCGAAUUGUAUAUUGUUUUGGAUAUGUUUUAUAAAACUGGUG